AUGCUACUGUUCCAGGUCCUUCAUCGCAGAGGUGAGAUCAGUGCCAUAGAUAAGGAAAGGAGAAAGAACAGAGAAAGUGCAGGACAGUUUGCAACUGCGAAUGCGAAGGAGCGUGCUGCAUGGUUUACGGGCCUCGCCCGAGGUAAAGCUCUCUCCCAGCUUGUGAGGAAAGUUCCUACCAUCAAGCGACGGGAGGAAGGACUGGAAUAUCUUUGCGACUACAGGAUACCCUCCUUUCGGGCGUUAUGGUAUCUCAAAAUUACUGCUGCUCUCACUAGAAGCCCUAGUACUGCCAAGCAUAAGAAGUUCAGUGAUCUGUGUUCUGCCGAGUACAAAGACAUUUUUCUUAAAGCAAUCAGAGAGCUGAUCAAUCGAAUGUGGGACGUGAAUGAUCUUUCAACUUGUCCUAUUUAUAAAGAACGCUGGCUUUACAUAUCGAACUUGUGCAAAUGUGCAUACGAGGACGGUUUGAUUGAACGGCAAGAUUUCCUCAAUGAAUUAUGCAAUAUGUUCUCCGAUUACUUCGUGAGAAGGAUAAAAGGUGGAGAAAAGUUACCGCAGCUGAGGUAUCCUUAGGA